CGGCGUCCCGCCCCCCCCCCCCCCGGCUCCCCGCGGUUCCUUCCCGCCACCGUCCUCUGCUGCCAAUCCCCAGCCUCUGGGCAAAGCCCACCCGAUCCGCUGCGCAGGGGGGGCCCCACCUGGCCAUGGCCGAGCCUGGAGAACAGCUGCCGGAGGAGGUGCUGGCGCUCAUCUUCCGCCACCUGCCCCUGCCCGACCGCGCUGCUGCAGCGAGGGUCUGCAGAGCUUGGGCUGCCGCUGCCACCUGCAGCGCUGUGUGGCACGACACGAGCAUCAGUUGCGACUGUGAGCUGGAAGGCAUGCUGCCGCCGUAUCUGUCCGCUUGCCUGGACCACGUUCAGAAUCUAUGGCUGGAAUUUGAGCCGUCGAGGAAGUCGAGUCGCCGGGCGGCCACGGAGUUACUGACUGCACUGACGGGCCGUACCCCCGGGCUGCGAGGCCUGUGCCUGGAGUGCCGUGGAGAAAAGCCGCUCUUCGACGCCGGCCGCGACGUCCUGGACGCGGUGCACGCCCUCUGUGGGGCGGCCCGCGCGCUGCGCCACCUCGACCUGCGGCGCCUGCCCUUCUCACUGGACGACGCGCUGGUGCUGCAGGUGGCACACGGUUGUCCGGAGCUCCGCAGCCUUUUCCUGGAUAACAGAACGCUGGUGGGCAGCGUGGGGCCAGGCUCCGUGCUCGAGCUGCUACAGGGCUGCCCCUUCCUGCGCGCCCUUGGCCUGCACCUGGCCAGCCUGUCGCGCACCGCGCUCGAGGCACUGGCGGCGCCAGAGCGCGCGCCUUUCGAGCUCCUCGCCCUGCGGUGCGCGUGUCCGGAAGACGCACGCGCGCCCCCUCUGCCUGAUGAAACCUGGGCCGCGUUGAGCCGCCGCCACCCGGGACUGGAGGUAGAGCUGGAGCUAGAGCCGGUGCUGCCUGCAGAGAGCGUGACGCGCGUUCUGCAGCCAGCCGUACCCGUGGCUGCGCUGCGCCUCAGCCUCUCUGGGGACACCGUAGGCCCAGUGCGCUUCGCGGCGCGCCACUACGCUGCAACCUUGCGCGCGCUUGAGGUGCGCGCCGCCGCCUCGGCAGAGCUGGACGCCGCGCUGGAGGAGCUGGCAGCGCGCUGCGCGGGCCUGCGCGAGAGCGGGACCAGCUUCCUCGUGAGCGACCAGAGCCGCUUCGCCAAGGAGGUGCUGCCCCAAUACUUCAAGCACAGCAACAUGGCGAGCUUCGUGCGGCAACUCAAUAUGUACGGUUUUCGGAAGGUGGUGAGCAUCGAGCAGGGUGGCCUGCUGAGACCCGAACGGGAUCACGUCGAGUUCCAGCACCCGAGCUUCGUACGCGGCCGAGAGCAACUGCUGGAACGCGUGCGCCGCAAGGUGCCUGCGCUGCGCGGCGACGACGGCCGCUGGCGCCCCGAGGACUUGGGCCGGCUGCUGGGCGAGGUGCAGGCUUUUCGGGGAAUGCAGGAGAGCACCGAGGCGCGGCUGCGGGAACUCAGGCAGCAGAACGAGAUCCUAUGGAGGGAGGUGGUCACGCUGCGGCAGAGCCACGGUCAGCAGCAUCGGGUCAUCGGCAAGCUGAUCCAGUGCCUCUUUGGGCCACUUCAGGCUGGGUCUGGCAGCGCAGGAGCUAAGAGGAAGCUGUCCCUGAUGCUGGAUGAGGGGUGCCCAACGCCAGCCAAAUUCAACGCCUGCUCCUUACCUGGUGCCCUCCUGCAGGACCCCUACUUUAUCCAGUCGCCCCUCCCGGAGACCACGCUGGGCCUCAGCAGCCCUCACAGGGCCAGGGGCCCCAUCAUCUCCGACCUCCCGGAAGACUCUCCAUCCCCUGAAGGAACCAGGCUUUCCCCCUCCAGUGGUGGCAGGAGGGAGAAGGGCCUGGCACUGCUCAAAGAAGAGCCAGCCAGCCCAGGGGGGGAAGGCGAGGCCGGGCUGGCCCUGGCCCCAAACGAGUGUGACUUCUGCGUGACAGCACCCCCACCGCUGCCUGUGGCUGUGGUGCAGGCCAUCCUGGAGGGGAAAGGGAGCUUCAGCCCUGAGGGGCCCAGGAAUGCCCAACAGCCUGAACCAAGAGGCCCCAGGGAGGUUCCCGACAGGGGCCCUCUGGACCUGGAGAGGGGAGGCCGGAGUCCAGAGAGUCUGCUGCCUCCAAUGCUGCUUCGGGCCCCCCCUGAAAGUGUGGAGCCCGCAGGGCCGCUGGAUGUGCUGGGCCCCAGCCUCCAAGGGCGGGAAUGGACUCUGAUGGACUUAGACAUGGAGCUGUCCCUGCCAAAGCCCCAGCUCCCUUCACCAGCUGCUUCCUGGGGUUCUCUUCUGCAGUUGCAGCCCUUGGUUCCAGAGAAGGGUGAGACCGAGCUGGCGGUUAAGGGGUUAAAUUCUCCAGGCCCAGCCCCUACCAUGGGCAACACCCAGGAGAGGCCAUCAGAGACGAUCGACCGCGAGCGGAAACGCCUGGUAGAGACGCUGCAGGCGGACUCUGGGCUGCUGCUGGAUGCGCUGCUGGCACGGGGCGUGCUCACCGGGCCCGAGUACGAGGCGCUAGACGCGCUGCCUGACGCCGAACGCAGGGUGCGCCGCCUGUUGCUGCUGGUGCAGAGCAAGGGCGAAGCUGCCUGCCAGGAGCUGCUGAGCUGCGCCCAGCGAACUGUGCGGGCGCCCGACCCCGCUUGGGACUGGCAGCACGUGGGGACCGGCUACCGGGAACGAAGCUAUGACCCUCCAUGCCCAGGCCACUGGACUCCCGGAGCUGCUGACUCAGGGACCACGUGCCCCUGGCUGCCCAGAGCUCCAGAAUCCGACGAGGCCCGGGGUCCUGAGGACUCCGAGGCAGCACAAUCGGGAACCCUCGAGGAAACUGAGCCAGAGCUGGAAGCCGAGACCUCUGAAGGGGCUGAACCUGAGUUGGAAACCCAAAUGGAUCCGGAAUCGGAGCCAGAGGCGGAACCGGAGCCGGAGGCAGAACCAGAACCAGAACCAGAGCCAGAGCCGGAGCCUGACUUCGAGGCUGGAGACGAGUCUGAAGAUUCCUGAAAGCCAUAGCGCCUACAGGUCACUCUUCGUCGUAACAGGAUGGGAUCUGGGAUCCUGCCAUGGUGGCAUCAGAUGCCACCAAGGUUCCAUCUGGCCCAGUACCACUGAAAGUGAAUAAAUUCUGGAGGGUCAGCCUGGA